AAGCCACACCCAUCGGCGAGCGGAUCCGGGGGCAGCGAGUCGUCGGCCGCUGCGCUCGAGCCUCCGCCCGCACCGAGCCGCGGGACCCGGGCCGCACCGGGGAGGGGCCGCUCCGGGCCGCAGCGCGAGGGCAGCGAGGGGCGGCGGGCAGCCGGCACCGGGCGGGGCCGGCGGCAGCGACCAUGAUCGCUUUGUUCAACAAGCUGCUGGACUGGUUCAAGGCCCUGUUCUGGAAGGAGGAGAUGGAGCUCACGCUGGUCGGGCUGCAGUACUCGGGCAAGACCACCUUCGUCAACGUGAUCGCGUCAGGACAGUUCAAUGAGGAUAUGAUCCCCACUGUGGGUUUCAACAUGCGCAAAAUCACCAAAGGGAAUGUGACCAUCAAGCUCUGGGACAUCGGGGGACAGCCCCGGUUCCGCAGCAUGUGGGAGCGCUACUGCCGAGGAGUGAGUGCCAUCGUGUACAUGGUGGACGCUGCUGACCAGGAGAAGAUUGAGGCCUCCAAGAAUGAGUUGCACAACCUACUGGACAAACCCCAGCUGCAGGGCAUCCCGGUCUUAGUCCUGGGUAACAAGCGAGACCUUCCGGGAGCAUUGGAUGAGAAGGAGCUGAUUGAGAAAAUGUUCUCCUCUGGCUCCCCCCCAGGAAUCUUUCUGCCAUCCAGGACCGAGAGAUCUGCUGCUACUCCAUCUCCUGCAAAGAAAAGGACAACAUUGGUGCGCACAUCACCCUACAGUGGCUUAUUCAACACUCAAAGUCACGGAGAAGCUGAGACCGCGGUCCUUCCCCCUCGGACCAGGGACCUGCUGUCAUCCAAACCCGAAGCCGAGCUCCCCGCCCACCCCGCCGUCCCCCCUAAGCCUGCCCCUCCUCACUCAGCGUGGGGAGGGGCCCUCUGGGGAUCCCAGAGUCCUGUUCUGCUGAGGUUUGAACUCCUGAUUUUAUUGUAAAAUAAACUGCUCCCAUUCUGGUCCCCUAACCUCUGGCCCUCCCCCUUCCCUCUGUUCCCCCCCCCCCCCCCGCUUCCGUCCCCUUAACAGCCCAGGCCCCACAGCCCCUGCCCUCCACUCUCCCGUGUCCCACCCCUACGCUGCCCUUUUCAACACUCUUCUGUUAUUGUCCUGUGUGUACAGUAUAUAUAUGUAUAUAUAUUUUAAUUUUUUAAUUUAAGCAAAGACUAAAAUCACCCAUUUGAUGCUGCAGGGGCCCAUCAGGAUCUGGGAGGGGGGCGGUGUGGAAGGAAGGCAAGAGAGGCAGGGCUGGCUCUGGGCAGGUUGAGAUUAGGAAAGUGAGCGCCCCUAGGGCAGGUACCAGCCUGGGCACUGGUGGCCGUCCCCAUGUCCCGUUUGUUUCCACUUCUCAGUCUGGCUUGUCCCUGCAGUGCUUGAAUGUCACAGGCUGACAGGAGCGUCCAGAGGUGCCCCUCUCUGCCCCCAGUCUCAGCAGGGCCACCGGGCACACCCGAGUGCCAGAGACAACCGGGCCAAAGGGGCAGGAGGCCAGCCUCCACGCGGCCCCGGCAGCCCCUCCUGCCCCUUCCUAGGGCCCCCAACUCCAUGGGCCACCUCAUUUUCUGUUCUCAUUUUGCAGAGUUGCACAAGGAGAGAACUCAGCAUGGGGGGUUGGUUCUUUGGGUUUUGUUUUCUGUUUGUUUAUUUGUUUAAUUUAAUGAUUUGUAAAGUGACGUUCCUCUUCCUUUUUUACACUUUUAGCUCAUAUUUAACCUCUGUUUGGAAAAUGAUUCUUGUAACUGUACAUUUUUUUGCCUCCUAACAACAAGAAUAAAUGACCAGUUUUGUGUUG